AUGCGCCAGGCGGCCGCGGCAGUGGCAACCCAAGUCAAGCAUCCACCCAGCACCAUGGUCGGCCCUGCGCCGAGGAUCGCGCAAGCAGCAGCCACGUACACCUGCCCCAAGCUGUUCGCACUCAUGGCCGCGAAUGAGUGUCCGGCAGAUGCCCGCCCCUGCAAGUGCUUCGGCGUGGACACACCGACGAUGGUCUUCCGCACAGUCAUUCCCACCGCAUCUGCGGCCCCUGCACCAAACACUGCGAGAGCUGAAAGCCACCAUGCAGGCAAAGUUCCGAAGGCUACGCAGAAAGCACCAUAUAAAACAGUGGCGCCUAGAACUUGGCGCCCCUUGAACUGGUCCGCGUUCAUCCAGAACGUAAUAAAACUGCCGAACAUUCCGCCAGCGUAA